AUGUCGGACUCAGCCUCGUCAGCGCAGGGGUCUAUCCCAGACCUCACAACUCGAUAUAGUGGCGUGCCUCGAAGACUCACCCAGGAGGCCAUCGAUGCCAAAGCCAGACUGUAUUCCCAGAAGACACUUCCGGACAGUGUGCCCCGAAGCAGAGUUGCACUGCCACCGGACGUCAGUAGGGAGAGUUUCGAUCGGGCUGUCGCAGAGUUGAAGAAUGACCUUGGGGAUGAGAAUGUUCAGGUCAAUGACGGGCCACUCGUCGACGGGUGGUAUAUGGAGCAUCCAAACACCCACGACGCAUAUCACAUCGCCGACCAAGAAGAGCUGAUAUGUAGUGCCAUGGUGUAUCCUUGCAGCACAGCUGAAGUCCAAACCGUGGUGAGAUGGGCGAACAAGCACAAGAUCCCCAUCUAUCCGAUCUCUAUGGGCCGGAAUAUUGGAUAUGGAGGAGCAGCUCCCCGUAUUCCCGGGUCUGUUGUUGUUGAUCUCGGUCGGAGAAUGAACAAGAUCCUCAAUGUGGAUGCGGACAACGCAUCUUGUGUGGUGGAGCCCGGGGUUUCGUAUUUUGCGCUGUACGAGGAGAUUCAGCGAAGGGGAUUGCCGCUGUGGAUUGACUGUCCCGAUCUUGGGGGCGGUAGCGUCCUUGGAAAUGCCAUCGACCGCGGUGUUGGUUAUACUCCUUACGGCGACCACUUUGCCAACCACUGUGGCAUGGAGCUGGUGCUGCCGACAGGGGAGCUGCUCCGGACUGGCAUGGGCGCGAUGCCAGGCAAGGACGGUGCCGACAACCCGACGUGGCAGUCCUUUCAAGCAGCCUACGGACCCUACGUCGACGGCAUCUUCAGCCAGAGCAAUUACGGCAUCGUCACCAAGAUGGGCUUUUGGUUGAUGCCCGAGGUCGGCCACCAGUCGUACAUGAUCACCUUCCCUCGCGAGGAAGACUUUGAGCAGAUCGUCGAGAUCAUCCGGCCACUGGCACAGAAGCGAAUUCUGGGGAACAUCCCCCAACUGAGGCACGUCAUCCAAGAACUGGCCGUGAUGGGCAAGCCCCGGUCGUUUUGGUAUAACGGCAGAGGCAGGAUGCCGCGGGACGUGAUACGGGAGAAGGCCUCCCAGCUGGCCUGCGGCGACUGCUCGUGGGUCUUCUACGGCACGCAGUACGGCGACCCGACCUCGAUCGCGGCCCAGCUCAAGAUCAUCAAGGCCGAGUUCGGGAAGAUCCCGGGCAGCCGGUUCAUGUUACCUACCGACGUGCCGGCGGACCACUAUCUCCACUCGCGCGUCCAGGUGUGCAGCGGUGUGCCGGUGCUCAAGGAACUCGACUGGCUUAAUUGGGUGCCCAACGCGGCGCACCUGUUCUUCUCGCCCAUCUCACCUACCAAGGGCAAAGACGCGAGCUUGAUCCACCGCACCAUCACGCAGCUGCACGAGAAAUGGGGGUUCGACGUGUUUCCGACCAUGUGCGUGGCGGGCCGCGAGAUGCACUACAUCGCCAACAUCGUCUACGACCGCGCCGACGCCGAUGCCAAGCGCCGCGCCACGGGCCUAAUGCGCGACAUGAUCCGCGCCGCCGCCCGCGAGGGCUACGGCGAGUACCGCACCCACCUCCUCUUCGCAGACCAGGUCGCCGAGACGUACAGCUGGGGCGGCGGCGCGUUGCGCAAGUUCAAUGAGACCAUCAAGGACGCUCUCGACCCGAAUGGCAUCCUGGCGCCGGGGCGUAAUGGCAUUUGGGGCAAGAGAUUCCGGGGCAAGGGGUGGGAGAUCUUGGACGGGGAUCAGAGGAAUUUGUUGAGCGAGGGCGUAAAGCCGAAGUUGUAG